AUGGCUGCGCAACAAUGUCGUUAUCCACCUCAAUCAGCAGGCUUACGGUUCGAUGAUGAUGAAAAUGCUGAUGCUGAUGAUGACAUCAAUGACUCCGACGAGGAGGAUGGUGAUGGUGAAGACAGCGGUUACGCAGAGGAGGAGAAAGAAGAAGAAGAAGAAGAGGACUUUGUGGGAUUUGACAAGGAGUACGAGAUUGAUGAAACGGACAGCAUACCAGAGGCUAACAAGAAGACGAUCAACAUUUUGGAAUGGAAAGCAAAAAAGAUCAGUACUACUGAAAUCGCCAAGUUAUUCCCCCACAAGCAAAAACCACAAAUAAAGGAUAAACUCCAGAGAUUGAGGAGGAAGUUUCAAAAGCAGAAGGACGGCCAGAAGGACGUCAAGUUCAAAAAUUCCGAUGAGAAGAAGUUAUACGAAUUAUCAAUGGAAAUCUGGGGUGAAAUUACUACUGCUACUACCACUAAUCGUACUGCUUGUAAUGAAAAAGCCGGACAAGAGGAAAAAUCGAAUACCAGUGCAGCAUAUGAUGCGAAGCAGGACAUGGUGCUGAUAAAUGAUGAUGCUGUUCUUAAGGGGUUUGACGAGUACUUAUGGAGUCGGUCGAUUCAAAUCAAUGACGAGAAGCAACCCGUGAAAUUGGAAAUGCAGUGGAGGAAACUCGCAUAUGGUAAGGCUACACAUAAUUUAGCGAUAGCCGAGUUUGCAAUAGAAUUGCAACAGCAUAAAUUCCACGGCUACAUAAAAGACUAG